AAUAAUUAGUGCAAUGGCAUUAUUAAUAAUUGUUAUGUCCUUUUUUCUUAUUCAGCCGAUUGUGGUACCGGAUGCGAUAAUGGCGGAAACUGCACAGGACCUGGAACAUGCAGCUGCAGAAGUGGUUGGACUGGAACCAAAUGUCAAUCAGGUAAAAUGCGUUGCCUGGGCUUCAGUUGCGCAAUUGUACGUUAGGGCAAGCGUCUUUCUAGAGCAUUUAUCAUAGCAUUUCAGAGCAAGUUCCUUUCAUCAUUGAGAGCAUGGAUUUUAUUCGCGCCGCGUAUACAUGACACUCAUAUGAAAAUAAUUAGUUAAUGCUUUACCAAUAGUCAUGGGUUUUCUUCGAGUACUCUGGUUCCCCCACAAAGAAUGCUGAAAGGAUGGGUUGGGAUAAUCCCCAAAUAUACCCUAUUAGCGUAGCCUAGCUAUGCUCCGUGGUCAAACGUUGGCGAAAAAGCGGCUACAAGGUAAGUAAAAAGGUGGCUCUGGAACUACCCUAACUUAGAAUUUCUUCGACUUGAUCAGGUUGAGAUGCGUCGUUUGCAAUCCAUCUUAGUUCUCAGCUGCAAGUAAGGAUGAUUAACAAACACUUACCUUGUUAUGGCCGGACAUACAAACGGUUUACAAAAUCUAUUUUUUUUAACCUUAUUCCAUAAAUCGUAAUUUGUUUAUUUCUAUGCAGCUGAUUGUGGUUCCGGAUGCGAAAAUGGUGGAAGCUGCACCGCACCUAAAAAAUGUAGCUGUAAGAGUGGUUGGACAGGAAACAGAUGUGAAUAUGGUAAAAGUUGUUGCCGGGGCUUUGAUGGAGCAAUUGUCAGAGCAUGCGUAUUUCGAUCGCUGAGUGCGUGGGUUUGAUUUCGCCGCGGACACAUAAUACUUAUCUGAAAAAAAAUAUUCAACGCUCUACCACAGAGUAGAAAAUAGACCAGAAGUCUCACUGUGCACCUUUUCCUAACAUUUUCGUGUCCGCGUUUUUUGCCUUGCGGAUCACGAAUUUCGCACGCUAGAUGAUGUGUGCGACACUUGCUGCGAACAUCACGUCAGCGUUCGUCAGCGUCAUUUUCUCAAAUCAACGGUUUUUCUUGAAAUUUGCAAAACAUGCUGAAAGUGUAGGCUGCACAUUCUGCAAUAAUUGUGCAAAUAUUUUAAGCUUUUGUUUUUACGCCGUGUCUUCCUGUUGCGAUAACCCAUUAUUUGGACCUGUGGCAUUUAAAAACAGUUAAAACAGCAGUCAUUAUGAAACAUAUUGAUGGAAAUUGAUGGCGUUGCUCGCGUUUGACGGCGUCAUGAUUACACUUGCUGACUGGAGCUUGCGCAUAAAAAAUCUCGGACAUUAUUUUGCCCAAGUGAGGCUUCUGGUCUAUUUUCUUUUUUGUGGCUCUACCGAAAGUUGUGUUUUUUGCGGGUACUCCGGUCCUCCCAACAGCGAAUGGUAACGGAGUGGCUAGGAUAAGCUCCAAAUAUUGACCCUAUACUAACGUAGCUGUGUUCUGUUGUCAAACGUGUGUCAAAAGGCGCUGGCAGAUACACUCUUAGCCUACUUAUACUGCCUUAGACUUGAUUGGGUUGAACUGCUUCGUUCACAAUUCAGCUUAGCUCUCAGUUGCAAGUGAGAAUGAAAAAUUAACACCCCUCCCACCCACAUACUUUGGGAUGGCCGAACAUAUAAACGGUUUAGACGAACUGCAUUUUCCUAAAUCUUAUUGCAUCGAUAGUAUUUUUUUAUGGAAAACUAUAAAACUCUCAUCUAUACAGGUGCACGGUGCUUAUAAUGACUUAAUUGCAGGCGCGCUUUCCAUUUGAACAAAAACCCAGUUUGCGGUUUCGGAAUGUCCAGUGGCAAAAUGGAACGCUACAGCGUGACAGGCCUUCUAAAUAAAGGGAGGCUUGUUGGGCGCUUUCCACUUGAUGGAAAUUCCAGAAAUCUUGUUUAAAAUCAAAUGGAACACGUAAAUUUCUGGAAUGAUGUUUCUUUAAUUUCAAAGAGUUUGACACUGCCGCUCAAAUCUCUUCUUUCAGCAUAUGGCGAAAUAAAUCCAGACUCGAGGCACUGAAAUGGUCGACAGAGAACGCGCCAUUUUUUCAAACCGCAAUAGGUGGCGGUUUUUGCUCAAAAACUUUUGGAAAGCAGCAACGUUGGUUGGGAAAUGUUUUAGUGGAAUGCAAAAAUUUCGAAACUUCCGGAAUUUCCAAUUUGUGGACAACCUCAAGAGAUUGUCCGGAAUUUUCGAAACAGCAUUCCGGAAAUUAACGUGUUCCAUUUGAUUUUCAAGCAAGAUUUCCAGAAUUUCCGUCAAAUGGAAAGCGCCCCAGAUCAUUUAUAGAUAGUAAUGCGAGCUAUAUUUGUAAAUUUUAACACGGUAUAAGUUGACCAGUAUAAUAGACUAAGUGGAUCGAAGCUGUUACAGUACAGAAUCUGGAACAUGCAUGUAUGGCUGCUGAACUAGCUGUACAGGACACAUGUGUCAAUAAGGGAAAAUGUGUUGAGUCUAUUUUUUCAGUAAUUCUUGCAUCUCUGAACUAUACGACCAGUGACGCACAAAUUUCAAAAGGCUGAACUGUGUCUUUAAUGAGUGUGAAACUAAUAUACAUGCUCCUUUAUGUAGCAAUAUCUUUUGUAUUAUAUACCACUUUUCUUUAACAUGCGGAAUAAAACGUGGCUGUUCGCGAGCCUGGCGCACAUGUGACCCAUCAUUGAUAUUUUGCCCUUUUGUGCGUGAUUUAUGGGAGAUAAAAAGUUAAUUAUUAAAUAUUUAUAGAUAGUUCUGCAAUAGUAAUACAAAAUGUAUUUGAAAUGUGUGAAUUUUUAUAAUUCAGCUGAUUGUGGUUCCAUAUGCAUUAAUGGUGGAAGUUGUACAGCUCCUGGAAAAUGUAGCUGCAGGAGUGGCUGGACUGGAUACACAUGUCAAUAUGGUAAAAUGUGUUAAUUGAAUUUCAUAGUAAACGUUUUUAAAUAUGUGAGAUAUAGCCCAAAAUGAACUGAACAUUUAUGGUAGCUCGAUGAACUUUUGAAUAAAUGAGGUAUGUAUUAGUUUCACAUAUUGUUUAAAUUAGUGUUUCUAGGUUUUUAUCAAGCACUAUGUGAGCAGCAUAUAUAUUGUCAGCCAUUUUGUUGUUCCUCGUGUGCGUGGACUAGUGGACGGGGCUUUGUAUUUUGUGAUUGAAAAGCCCUGUAUACAUUCGUGUUAUUGAGGAAUAUUUAAAUCUCGCUACAUCUGCAAUGGACUUAAAAGUUAAAAGAUUUGAAUUGAAGAAUUGAGAAGGUGAUAUAUUACUAUGGCUUCUCUGCAAAUUGAUCCGCCUUUAAUUGCUGCUGAGCGAGCGAGCCUGAAGCGAGCGAGCGUAGCAGGAGCCUAAUAUGUGCAGAGAGGGGGUUUUGAACUAAAUUUUAUAUAUUUAGCGCAUGGAAGGAUGAAUUGUGGUCGUGCGCGCUUUCUAUGCGCAGAACACAAUUUUAAACUUGCAGCUGGGUCUUCGAAUUUUUAUCGAAUUUCUAAAGCUUUUUCAAGUCUACUGUUACGCUUACAUUUGUUUUGGACUUUCGCCACUAUCAGUUCUAUAUUUUUAUAAAGUUUUGGUUUCUUAGUGUGAUAAAUCUGUGUAUAUAGUGUACAUUAUGUGGUAAAUGCGCCUAGCAGUAAACAGACUUGAUAUGAAAUCUGAUCUUAAUUUACCUGUAUGUCAAUGAGACGCCCAUGUUUAAUAUCUGUCACCUCUGAUUGCCAUUUAACCCCUGGUCUUUGCUACUUCAAUAUAUAUUGCUUCUUCUCAGUUCCAUUCACAGCUCACUAGUCGCUGCGAGUAAUCACUGUGCUUGAUAUAAUUUGUGCUGUUUACUGCAGUUCUAGUUUGCUUUUAAUGCCCGCAGCAAUCCCUACCUUGCAGGUACCCUAGUAUUUUGUCGUUAUAGUGGCGAUUUAUGGAAAAUAAUAAAAUUUCCAUCUACUACAGGGUGUAGAUAAAAAAGUAGACAAUUUUGAAACGGCUCUCAAUUUCAUACCCUGAGAGCAGAGCCUGAUUUGCACUCGCGUAGAAAAUAAGGCUCUGCCUUUUUUGUGUUUUUGUUCGUCCAAAAUUCCGGACGAAGUGAACCGGUAAUAAACCAGUUCAAACCAGUUUUAAAUGCGCGCGCCUUCGUUUUGCAUGUAAACCGAUGACUACAGUUUGAGCCCACUAUAUUUUUACAAAAUUUAAAACUUUAUACUUUAUAACCGAAAUUUGGCUGACAAUAACUUAAAUAUACUGUAAAGUAACGUAGGAUAAAAUAAACUAGCAAGUUGGCAAUUGUAAAAAUAUAGUAAUAUUUUGAUUUCACAACUGACAAGUGACAAAACUAUCGAUUUGAAAAUGUUUUUGUAUUAUUUUUUAUUGUCGUAAUUGUACAGCACGUGCAGUUGCACGCGCCCAGCAUGUAGCGAUAACUACAUGCGAUUGGUUCUCUAAAUUUAGCAGUCAUUCUAAAAAUACAAGUGAUCUUUGACAUGUUUUGACAUAAUAUUGGAAACAGGGCAUACUCGACACAAAUUAAACACAAAAACGGCAGAGCCUUAUUUUCUACGCGAGUGGAAAUCAGGAGGCUCUGCUCUCAGGGUAUCAAUUUCACAAAUCCGUUCAAUUCAUGGAUUUUCUAUAUAAAUAUUGAUUGUUUGGGUACUUAUAAUGUAGAAUAAACAAAACAUUUUCGUAAAAAUAAAUUUUCCAGAGCAGGGGGGGGGGGUAUUUUUAAGGAGUAUUAAAAAUAGCUAGCGCGCGAAAUUUGAAAGUUUAUAUUAAAACGCAUUUUGGGCAAGAGAUUUGUUUUAUGUUUUAUCAAUGGUUCAAAUAUCGGAAAAUUUACUCAAUUUCAAGUCCUUUAAGUAGCUAGCGCUGUUGGAACCAAUGCAUGCCUAUCACAUGCAUAUAUCUAGUUUGCGUAUUGUUAUUGUAAAAAGUGAAAUAACAAUAUGCAAAUGAGAUAAAUACAUGAAUUAAGCAGCGUGAUAGCCAUUUCUUUCAGCAACUAUACUAGAAAUGCAUGCAUGCAGCAACCCCUCGCCUACAUUUUCCAAACAUUGACUUACAGUGCUGCGUUAGUAACACUAAACGCAGGCUCGCGUUUCGUCAGUGUUGUCAUGGCAACACGACAAUCUUAAAUUUUAUAUUUUUUUGAACAACACGCCAAAAAUAGUUGAACGGUUAUUGCUUUUAACUAUAUAACAAUGAAUUUUCGAAUUAUGUACUGUAGGUAUGUUAUUUUGCAUUUUGUGAGCUUUGAUUUAAUGUAAAAUUUAAACUGAAUCGCUUCGUAGAAUGUUUUGAAAUGUUCAUUUUAAUAACGAGACUCUUUUGUCGUCUUUGCCGAUGAACUGUUUUUAAUAUUUAACUAGAAAAUACAUGCAUGCAGAAACCCUCGCCUUGCUGACAAAACCAUUGUAUUUGAACAUGAAGUAUCUAAAGUAGUUGUCAUGGUAACACGAUAAUUUUUUAAGAAUAUUCUUACAAAUGAAAAAUCCGACCUAAAAUAUCACUUUUGAUUACAAAAUUAUCAAUUUCCCAACAUAUAUAUGUUAGGUAUGUUAUUAUAUGUAAUAUAAGCUUCAACUGCCUUUAUUUUAAUGGAUUUAUCGAUGAACUUUCCGUGCUGGCAGUGGUCUCUAUUUUUCAAAUUCUCGCAUGCAAAUAACUUCGCUUUCCGUUUUUUAUUUAAAAAAUUCAAUAUAAUAAGAAAGGGAAUCAAUAUUAAUAAUACACUGAAAUUAUAUGCUGUCUUGUUUAGUUGUUUCAUAUACGCAAAGGGCCAAAAGCCGUCGGGUUUUAAAGUAAUUAUAAAAUCAAUAUUUAAAACAAGCUUACCUUCGUUAACGUCGGCUCCCUUCUUUUAGCCGAUUCUUUCGCCCUUUCUUCACGAGAAAGCUUUUGAAAUUUACAAAAUCUUGCAAAAAUGCGAGCAAAAAUGAAAUAUAUUUGCAAGAAAUGUAUCAAUCAUCAAGAUCAAACAUCAAGAUCAAGCUGGUGUAUUCAAAUGUUUGCUAUUUCGCCAGGGACGCCGGAACGAUGUGAAGGCAAGGGGGGAAGAUUUUCGUGAAAGAGCACUUUUGAAUUGAUAUAUACUAAGAGAUGUUUGCAAAACAUCGGGAGUUGAACUUCCCCUAAUCAUAUUUUCUGUUUAUUGGAUGAUAGGGGUGUGAGGGGGUUCUCCGCCAGGCGAUUGUGCUAAUUUUGAAGCUCGAUGACUGCAUUUCUUGCGUUUUCUAAAGCAAAUUCGUAAAAGAAUUGCACUAACAUUUCGGACAGUUCGCUAUUUUGCCAAGGCAAUCCUUUAAAUUGAAAGGGCACCGUUACCCCCCUUGCCCCUGCUGGUAAAGGGCAACGGGGCGGCUGGCCCUCCUGCCCCCCAGUUCCGGCGUCCCUGUAUUUCGCAUUUUCGCUGUCGUCAUGCAGUCGUUAUAAUGCCAAAGAUUAGAUACUAUAAAGAUGUGCCACUCGACGUAUUUUCACUUACUGCCAAAAUGGCGGCGAGACUGAUGGCGUUUGAUUUUACUAUUUAGAGACUGAUAGCGUUGGAAGUUGACACUUACUGGCAAAAUGGCGGCUAUAAAAAAAUCUCGGACAUAAUUUGCGCAGAGUGGCACAUCUUUAUAGUAUCUAAUCUUUGAUAAUGCAAACUUUAAAUUGGACCAAUCAGUGUCCGUUAUUCAUGACAGUCGGCCAUAUUUUUAAGAUCGGCGAGGAUGACCACCCACCAGUGCCACCCACCCAACACCCUCAACAUCGUUGGUGAGCGCCCGCGUUAAUUGAUGAACUUUCGACUACGCUAAUGCUUUCGUUUCCCCAGGCGUAAAUAGCCGGGGGGAAUUAGUACCCUCGCACGGCGUUCGCGCCGUCGGCUUGGGGGAUAAGUUCAAAUUGUGGAGUAAUUUCAGUUAGGUCUUCAAAUUAAUUUGCUCUCCUUUACAGUUUACUUUUUUUUCUUAAUUAAAUUAAACAGGGUAAUUUAGGAAACUUACAGUUUGACUGAAAAGGAAAGCUGCAUGUACUUUUAAUACGCAAGAAAUUAUUAAAAGCAACAAAAUUCAUAAACAUUAAACAUUCAAAGCAAACUUGCACUAUAUUUCACGAUUCCCAUAAUUGCUUAUCCAACUCCUAGCAAACAGCCAUAUUUUUUAGAUCAGUGAGGAGGUCCACCCAUGAACCAUAGUCACGCGCCCGCGAUAAUGAUGAACUUUAGACUUCGCUAAUGCUUUCCUUUCUCCGGAUGUAAAUAGCCGGUCGGAAUUAGUACCCUGGCCCCGAGCUAACGCCGGAACGUCGCUCCACGCCGUUGGCUCGGGGAAUAAUUAUUAAAGGGCUUAAAAUUGAGUAAAUUUUCUGAUUUUGGAACCAUUGAUAAAACACAUAACAAAUUUAUUGUUUAACACCCCCACCCCCUGCUCUGGAAAAUUUAUCUUCACCAAAAUUUUUGUUAUUAUACAUUACAAUUACCCAAACAAUCCAUAUUUACAAAACACUUUAUGAAAUGAAUGGAUUUGUGAAAUUGAAAGCCAUUUCAAAAUCUACUUUUUUAUGAUCAUUUGUAGAUAGUUGUGUACUAGUAAUGUGAACUGUUGUCAGUUAUAAAUUUUCACAUGGUGUACUUGAUCCACAUAUAGCUGAUAGUUGUGGUUGCUAUAAUGGUGGAAUCUGUGUAGGAUCUGGAACAUGUAGCUGCAAGGCUGGUUGGAUUGGAAAUAGAUGCGAACAUGGUAAAAUGUGUUAAUUCCUUU